CGUCGCUGUCACAAAAAUGUCGAAAAGAGAUUCUGAACAAGUACACGUCAUGAUCCGCGUUUCUAAAUUUUGGUUUUGCUAGGAUCAAAAUCGCGAUCUUAUCGAAAAAAAGUUCCACCUGGAUCGAGAGAAAUGCAUGCAGCUCGUCGACACAAAAAAGUCCGCGAUCCUAAGCAAAGCAGGAUGAAACUCGUGAAUUUUAGUAGAUAGGGAUAUCUGAGAGGUCAUCCUCUUUGACGUUUCUGUCACAGAAAAAGUCGAAAAGAGAUUCUGAUACAAGUUUUUCCAGGUGCAGUAAAAGCACUGUCUGUAGUGGGGUGUAGAUCGAACUGAUAGCCCAACGAUGUUGCGUCCACGGCAAAGUUAUGUUGCGAUCUCACCAGCCUGGCAAGUCCAAAACCACGAUCUAAAGAUCAUGCUUCGGAUCCAAAAUGCUGAACGAAAUGGAAAUCUAAAUCGAAUAUCUGGAUUCUUGAGGACGCGAUCUUGCACGCGCGUUGCGUAAAUUUAGGCAGAUUUGCUCAUCAUGCUCAAUAUCUAGAUCCGCUAUGUUGGAAUUGGUGGCCUUGUUUCUUACGCCAUUCUAUGCAAAAAUCAAUUCCUUUUCCCUACCCCAAUACCAUCACAGGGAACCUAGUCUCGGGACAUUAGUCUUUCGAGAAGGUUGUUACAAUCACGAGGUUGUACUGUACCUAAAUUUCAUAUCAAAUCACCACAAAAACAACAAAAUGGUCCGCGAAGUGCCGUCCGACCUGCUGUGGACUUUGGUCCGCAACAAUUCCAGCUUCAUCAAGAAGCAGAAGGAGCUCCCGGUCAUGACCUCCGAGCCGCAGAACCUGACCGGCUUGAACAGCUUCAAAUACUCCGGUUUGGCCAACAAGAAGUCCGCGGGAGUUUCCGUCAAGAAGUCCGGUGAGAAGAAGGAACUCGUCACCCUCUCCAUGUUCGUGAAGAAGGGGUCCGCUUCCCUGAACACCGCUAUCGCCAAGAACCCGAAGAAGGGUUCCGCUAUGGUCGAGAAGCUGUUGACCAAGAACGGCUACCGCCGGGAUUUGAUCGGCGCGGCUACCAAGAAGUACAGUGCCAUCUUGAAGUCCUUCAAGUCCGCCAAGAAGCAGGUCAUGAACCCGCGCACCGCCGCCCGCAAGGCCAAGGAGGCCGCGGCCAAGAAGGCUGCUUCCGGCGUCGAUGAGGAGGCUGAUUAAAUCGGUGGUUUUUCUUCUGAAAAAGAGCUUUAGCAGGUUCUUUGGAAAGAAUAAACGGGGAGAUGAUAGGUGAUGUUGAGAUGAGAGAGACAACACUUUGACUAUCUAUGUCACGACGAAAGAUGAGCAUCAUCACCAUCAUCUCUACUUGUCGAUUUGAUACGGUAUAGAGUACAACAACCAUUUGUAUUGAAAACAAACCUUCUUUUAAAGGCGAAAGGAAAACGUCGCGGAAUCUUUUUUCUAAAAAGGUUUCAGCGACGUCGAAUUGAAUCUGCGGAGAGAAGUCGUGAGUUUAGAGGUGAUUAUCAUGUACUUGAUGAGAUUCUGACGAACUUUUCACUUUUGUCUGUAGGUUUGAGUCCCGUGG